AUGUCUUCGUUCCAGCUGCCUGAAGGCCACUUUCUGUUCACUUCCGAGUCGGUCGGUGAGGGCCACCCCGACAAGAUCUGUGACCAGAUCUCAGAUGCCAUCCUGGAUGCCUGCCUUCAGCAGGACCCGAACUCGAAGGUCGCGUGUGAGACCGCGGCCAAGACUGGUCUGAUCCUGGUGUUUGGUGAGAUUACCAGCAAGGCCCACCUGGACUACCAGAAGAUCAUCCGUGACACGAUCAAGGAGAUUGGCUACGACGACUCGGCGAAGGGCUUCGACUACAAGACCUGCAACGUCAUGGUCGCCAUUGAGCAGCAGUCGCCCGACAUUGCGCAGGGUCUCGACCACGGUAACCUGGAGGACCACGGUGCCGGUGACCAGGGUAUCAUGUUCGGCUACGCCUCGGACGAGUCGCCCGAGCUGAUGCCGCUCACCGUUGUGUACGCGCACAAGCUGAACCAUGCCAUGUCGGCCGCCCGCCGCAACGGCCACCUGCCGUGGCUGUUGCCCGACACCAAGACCCAGGUGACCAUCGAGUACAAGAAGGACGGUGGUGCUGUUGUGCCAGUGCGUGUUGACACGGUUGUCGUGUCGUCGCAGCACACUGAUGAUGUCAGCACCGAGGAGCUGCGCGAGAAGAUCAAGUCGGAGAUCAUUGAGAAGGUGAUCCCCGCAGACAUGCUUGACGAGCGCACCGUGUACCAUAUCCAGCCUUCCGGCCGCUUCGUGAUCGGUGGUCCCCAGGGUGACGCCGGUCUGACGGGCCGCAAGAUCAUUGUCGACACCUACGGUGGCUGGGGCGCGCACGGUGGUGGUGCCUUCUCCGGCAAGGACUUCUCGAAGGUCGACCGCUCGGCGGCCUACACGGCUCGCUGGGUCGCCAAGUCGAUUGUGAACGCUGGCCUCGCUCGCCGCUGCCUUGUCCAGCUGUCGUACGCCAUUGGUGUCGCGGAGCCGCUCUCCGUGUACGUGGACACCUACGGCACUGGCACCAAGUCGGAUGCGGAGCUGGUCGACAUUAUCCGCAAGAACUUCAACCUGAAGCCCGGUGUCAUUGUGCGUGACCUCGAGCUGCAGAAGCCCAUCUACCGCCAGACCGCCUUUGGUGGUCACUUUGGCCGCUCCGAGUUCUCAUGGGAGCAGCCCAAGACGCUGCAGUUCUAA